AUGGCGGAGUCCUCAGACCCGGUGAUCUUCACCAAGAAGGCCCAGCGGGGCACGGGUGCAAAUGCGGUGGACGGAGUCUGCAUGAUCAGCCGGACGAAGGUCAAGUGGGAGCCCAGCGACCCUUCGAAGGCGCAGCCGACGGUGAUUGAGAUCAGCUCCAUCACUAGGACGCAGCAGGCACCCGGCAAGCCCUUCAUCAAGCUCGAGACGGCGGCAGGGCCCCUCAUUCUGGCCUUCCAGCAAGUGGCAGACCGCGACGAUGCCGUGGAGCUGCUGCGGCAGGCCAAGCCGGCAGCGGCGCCCAAGGCAGCGGCCGCAGCAGCAGGCAGCGGCGGCGAGAAGCUGCUGCUGCCCACGCCGCAGCAGGCGGCGGCGCUGUUCCGGGCAGACAACGACUUGGAGUCUGUCUACAAGUCGCUAGUGGUGGCAGGCAUCCUAGGGGAGCAGGAGUUCUGGCGCACGCGGCAGGGGCAGCUGAGGGAUGCCCUGGCACGCGGCGGCGGCGGCGGCGGCGGGGGCGCAAGCCGUCGCCAGCGGGUCGGCCUGCCCAGCGCCAUGCUGGCAGACGUCAAGCCCAGCGCGGAUGGGCAGACAGAGAAGGUCCACUUCUCGCUCACGCCGCAGAUCAUCCAGCAGGCGAGCGCCAGCUGGCACCAGCUGGCAGCGGCCGCACGUGCUGGCAUGGCUUGCCAGCUUGGCCGCGUGCUCAUGCGCCCCAGCGGGCGCCUGAUAUUUAGCGAACGGCCUGAAGUGCACCGCGCCUACCUGGCGCACGUGCCGCACAGCAUGGAUGAGAAGGCCUUCUGGACGCUCUACUUCCAGCAGCAGUACAAGCGCAUGGCCAGGCGGCGGCGGCAGGGGCUGAUGGGAGAUGGCGGCGACGACGACGACGAUGAGCUGUUUGCGCCCUUCAAGCGGCAGCUGCAGGAGCAGGAGGCGGUGCGAGCCAAGCAGGCUGUCUCGCGGGUGGACCCCACAGUCAACCUGGCGGCCGAUGCGGGCGAGCGUUUCGCCGGCGGCUUCGGCUCGCUGCGAGACGGCGCCAGCGACCCGGCGGCUGCGGUGCGCGGCGCGGCCCGGGACUCUAUCGCGCGAGACAUAAACCGCCACGCCGCCGUGGUGCUGGACGGGGCGCCCGAGGCGCUACCCGACGCGGACGGCGGCGGCGGCGGCGGCGGCGCCCACGGCGAGCAGCAGCAGCAGGUGGAGACGGGCCGCAUCGCUGCGGCGCUGGUGGCGCAGCAGAAGGCGGCUGCGGCCAAGGCGGCGGCGGCGCCCCGCCAGGCCGGCGACGGCAGCGUGUCUCCGGAGCGCCUGCAGCAGUGGCAGGAGCGGGCGGCGUCGGCGCUGGAAGACCUGGCUCUGGAUGAGAGGGACAAGCAGUUUGCUCCCCUCAAUAUCCAAGACCCCCGCGCUUACUUUGACGCCGGAGCAGCAGCAGGAGGCGCCGAGGGCAAGCAGCAGCAGGCCGAGCCGGGGGCGACGGCAGCAAGCGGGACAGCAGCGGCCGCUGCCGAGGCCGGCGCUCGUGGCAGCGGCGGCCUGCUGCUGGCUGCGCUGGCAGCCAUCCAGCCCGCGGCGCUGCCAGAUCCUCCCUGCGACCCCGAUCUGGCCUCCGCGGUGCUUCUGGAGGUCAGCCAGGACCAGGAUGAGGAGCUGGUGCGGGAGUUUGGGCCCGUGGCAGCCGCCGCGCUGCGCGUGCCGCCGCACGACCGCACACAGGGCCUGCAGGAGCUGCUGCUGGAGCACCUGCGCGCCGAGGCCCUGAAAACCAACGAGCUGCUGCGCCACUUCUGGGGCUGCAUGCCGCUGACCAGCGCCGCCAAGGCCGCCAAGGCCGCCAAGCUGUCGCAGCACCUGGCCGAGCAGCGUACGCUGCUGGCCUCGCACAUGCGGCACCACGCGGGCUCCUCACACCAGGUCUACGUGACAAUGAUGCUCCGCCCGCUGUCGGCAGCCAUAGACGCCGCCCUGGCGCGGCACCAGCAAGAGCUGGAGCAGCAGCGGCAGCGGCAGCAGAAGUUGUAG